AUGACAAACUUCUCCAUGGUGACUGAAUUUCUCCUCCGGGGGUUCUCCGAUGUCUGGGAGCUGCAGCUGGUCCAUGCCGUGCUGUUCCUCUUGGUCUACUUGGCAACCCUGACAGGGAAUCUCCUCAUCAUCACCGUCACCACCCUUGACCGGCACCUCCACACCCCCAUGUACUUCUUUCUUAAGAACCUGUCCAUCCUCGACCUCUGCCUCAUCUCCACCACCGUCCCCAAGUCCGUCCACAACUCCCUGACCGACAACAGCUCCAUCUCCUUCCUUGGCUGUGCCGCACAGCUCUUGCUGUGGGUCCUGUUUGCCAGUUCAGAGAUUUUUGUCCUCACGGCGAUGUCCUAUGACCGCUAUGCUGCUAUCUGCUAUCCCCUGCGCUAUGAGGUCAUGAUGAGCAGAGGGGUCUGUGUGAAAAUGGUGGCAGCUUCCUGGCUCAUAGGGAGCGUGUUUGGCUUCAUGCUUUCGGCUUCCACGUUCUCCCUGCCUUUCUAUGGGUCCAAUGCUGUCCCACAGUUCUUCUGCGACGUCCCCUCCCUGCUGCAGAUUUCCUGCUCUGAGGACCACAGUGCCAUCGAUGUGAGUGUGACUGCUGGGGUAGCGUUAGCUGUCAUCUGCUUCAUUUAUAUUACCCUCUCCUAUGUGCGCAUCUUCUCCGCCGUGCUGAGGAUGCCGUCCACGGAGGGCCGGGCCAAAGCCUUCUCCACCUGUCUGCCGCACCUCAUGGUGGUGACCUUGUUCAUAGGGAAUGGUGCCUUUGCCUAUCUCAAACCACCCUCAGACUCCCCCUCAGUGCUGGACCUGCUCGUGUCCAUGUUGUACACCAUGGUGCCCCCAGCCCUGAACCCUCUCAUCUACAGCCUGAGGAACAGGGACAUGAAGGCUGCCCUGAGAAGGACCCUAAAGGGAAGACUCCUUCGCUCUCCCUUCUGGUUUGAUAAAGUGUCCCGUCAGCAGCCCAACAGCUACAUGGACCUCAUGUCCACGGGGACUCAGGAACCCUGUGUUUUGGACUUUGUGUCCUAUGUCACCAUGGAGCAAAUUGAAAAGGAGCCCUCCCCACCCCCCGCCCCCCUUGGGGCACCAUGCCCCGCUGUAGCCAACAGCACACCCUGCAAGACAGUUGAUAAAGAUGGCAGCAGAGCAAAGAAUUCUGCAGAACUUGGCUAA